GUUACAGUCUGUUGUACCUGCUGCAGGUGAAGCAGUGGCAGAAACAUCAUUGAGAGACAUUAUGGAUAACUGUGAUUUAGAGAAGCUGAUUGUCUCUGGUGGGAAGCUGCAUCCAGACUUCACACCGGAAGUUACGGACUACAAAAUGAGAGUGGAGAGCAGUGUCAACAAUGUAACUCUGGACCUGCUCACCAGUGACUGUAGGGCUUCAAGUAACAUUCUCUUUGGUGAUGGAUCAAGUACAAUAAAACUGAAUGACGGGUCAACCAGAGUAGAAAUUGAAGUGGUAGCUGAAGAUGGAACUAUAAAGAAAUACUGUGUGGAAAUCACCAAACUGUCUGCAAGGAUCGCAGAGCUCAGUAAUCUCAGCGUGGAAGGAGAUAUUCCGGUUCAUCCAGCAUUUUCAAGCAAAGUCUAUGAAUACAACAGUACUGUCCCCUUCCACUGUAAUGCUGUCACGCUGCUUCCCUGUGUACCAGACAAAAGCAUCAAAGUUACUGUGAAUGGAGCAGACUGCUCUCAGCCAGUGUUAGUGAAUUUUGGAGACACCGUGGUGGAGAUCUCAGUGUGUUCAGCAGAUGGCAGUAAUUCACAGGUGUACACAGUGUUGGUGACUCGAGGACUAAUUCCUAUGGCUGUGACCUUCACUGAUAGGAAGCAGCAGCUGGACUAUGAAUGUCCAGUGUCCCUGAGUGCUUUUUAUAGGCCUGUAUCUAUCAACCACAGUGACCCAAAGCACACCUUCUCAAGACCUUAUAUUGAGAUGCUGGCACGGAGAUCAAAGGUCGACCCACUUAGCGACCGUGCACUGGGAGAAGGCUGGAAAGUCACUGAGCUGGACCUCGACCGGAAGAUGUCUUCUUCUCUGGUCAAGUGCUUCUUUAAUUACCGAGGAUGUGACCAUGUGAUGAAACUGUCCGAGCUGGGGUCCCACUCUCUUGACUGCCCACACAAACCCUCGGGAGACCUGGACCCAAAGGAUGUCACAGAGACAAGUUGGUAUAAGAAGCACUUUGAGUCGUCCAGUUGUUUGGAGAUAGAGACUAAACACACUCUGCAGGUUCGUAACUGGGAGAAAAAAUUACAGAUUGGAACGAGAGAAAACUCUGUGGAGAGACUGUGUGCUUUGGCCCAGGAUUACCUGAAACUCUACCAGCAACACCUGCCAAAACCAGGCAUGUAA